GUCCUAUUUUGUUGAAUCUCGAGUGGAUUGUCGGCUACGACGGCUCGGGUGUUCACGUUUUUCGCCAGUGGCGGUGGCACUUUCUUCAAAGCUGCUUUCCAAAUUGCUCAGUUUUAUAUUGCUUUUACUCCAUCGACUUAGAAGUCGAUAGCUUGGAGAUGUCGACCUCCGCCAUAUUUAUAUUGGACGUGAAAGGGAAGGUGUUGAUUUCUCGAAACUAUCGAGGAGACAUAGAGGCAGGAGUGAUAGAAAAAUUCAUGCCUCUUGUGAUGGAGCGAGAGGAAGAGGGGAACUUGACGCCUCUGAUACAGACGCAGGAGUGUACAUAUGCCUACAUAAAAUACAACAAUUUAUACAUCGUAUCGACGACGAAGAAAAAUGCGAAUAUAUCAUUGGUGUUUGUGUUUCUGCACAAAGUGGUGCAAGUGAUGCAGGAAUAUUUCAAGGAGUUGGAGGAGGAGAGUAUAAGGGACAAUUUCGUGGUGAUUUACGAACUGUUGGACGAGCUUUUGGAUUUCGGUUAUCCACAGACGACGGACAGUAAAAUAUUGCAAGAGUACAUAACGCAGGAGGGACACAAGUUGGAGAUUCAGCCGAGGAUCCCAAUGGCAGUGACGAACGCUGUAUCGUGGCGUUCGGAGGGAAUAAAAUACCGGAAAAACGAAGUGUUUUUGGACGUAAUAGAGUCGGUGAAUUUACUGGCGAACGCGAAUGGCAACGUAUUGAGUUCGGAGAUAGUAGGUGCGAUUAAAAUGAGAGUUUAUCUUUCGGGAAUGCCGGAAUUGAGGCUCGGACUCAACGACAAGGUGCUGUUCGAAUCAACCGGACGUGGUAAAUCAAAGUCGGUAGAGCUCGAAGAUGUUAAAUUUCAUCAAUGUGUAAGGCUCUCCCGUUUUGAGAACGAUCGUACAAUAUCGUUUAUACCACCGGACGGUGAAUUCGAGCUAAUGUCCUAUCGCCUAAAUACACACGUAAAACCAUUGAUCUGGAUCGAAUCGGUGAUCGAGCGGCAUGCUCACAGUCGAGUUGAAUAUAUGAUCAAAGCGAGAUCUCAAUUCAAACGACGUUCGACAGCCAAUAACGUUGAGAUCGUAAUCCCUGUGCCAAACGACGCCGAUUCACCUAAAUUCAAAACUACCAUCGGUAGCGUCAAAUAUUCACCGGAACAAAGCGCCAUCACAUGGUCCAUUAAAUCCUUCCCAGGUGGCAAAGAGUAUCUCAUGAGAGCACACUUUGGUUUACCUUCCGUCGUUGGCGAAGACGUCGAAGGCAAACCCCCCAUCCAAGUCAAAUUCGAAAUACCUUAUUUCACGACUUCGGGUAUACAAGUUCGAUACUUGAAGAUCAUCGAAAAGUCAGGAUAUCAGGCCCUUCCCUGGGUACGUUACAUCACGCAAAACGGCGACUAUCAACUGAGAACUAAUUAAAGCAGCAGCGAUUCGCAUCCGUACGGAGUCAUCGACUGCUUCAAAAACCCCCUCGAGGAUUAUCCUCGUGGUAGGACAGUCUUUCUAGAAUUUCUCUCAAGAAAACAACAAAACGAUUACACGGCGAGCGACUUUUAAUCUUAAGAUUAUUAUUAUUAUCAUUGUUUCGUUAUCGCCUUUCGCAGCUAAAUGGAACAAUCAUCGUUAACCGGCCACGCUGCUGUGAUACAAAUCAUUCGUUUUUCUUUUUUUUUUUCCAAUCAUCGUGAAAAAUUUUCUGCGAGAGUUUACCAGGGGCCUCGACAAAAAUCAUACUUGCUUGCGAAGCUCCGACACAUUUUCCGAAAUGAUUUUAUUUCUUUUAUAGAAAUCGCAACCUGAGAGUUUCGCUCGAUCAAUAUACGCGAUCAUCGCUCUUCAAAUAUGUUUUAUCGGCUUUUUUCUAUCAUCUGUCAUCGACGUAUAUUCUCCGCUGUAUUUACAUGUAAAAAAAAAACAUUAAAAUAAAACAGUAUUACGUUUACCCUCAACCAAUAAAAUCCGAGCGAAAACCACAAAUCCGUUGAUAAUUAGCUCCAAUUUCAUAAUUGUCUCUCGUAUCAUUGAAAAUAUGUUUCAUUCCAACAAACUUCCAAUGUACGAAACAAAAAUAACAAAAAAGUAAAAAAAAAAAAAAACUGCAGCAAGUUCACUGGCAGUCACUUCUUAUCCAACUCACAGUUUUGGCUAUCCCAAAAGUUUAUAGCUAAACUUUUUUUUACCCUCGUUACUUCGCGUAAUCGCUGCUCCAACGAUUUUUAGUCCGUCCUCGUAAUAAUAUUUACUCUCCCUCACGAAACAGGAACUGUUGCCACAGUAAUUUUGCAUGGGAAGAGCGGAACUCUCGUUAAAUUACAAGCGAAAGAAUUGGGAGGAAAAAAGUUGGUGAAACUCGUUGAUUUUAAAACAGUUGUAAGAAUCAAUUUUUGUCGAAAAUAUUGAACGUUUAUUGAACGAAUUGGGUAAACGCCUCGAAAUUCCGUCGCACAUUUCGAGGUUGAAAAAUCGUUAUUUUCACUCACUAAAAAGUCCAAGUAUUCCAAGUGCCAUUAGAAUGCUAAAAUUGGAAAAGUAGAGCUGCGAAUUGAUUCACUGAUAAAUGCGUAGAAAAUAUUUCAAUAGGAGGAGAAGCAAUAUUUAAUGAAUCAAUAAAUACAUGGAAACGAAAAUUCCUGAUAAAUCCUCGAGUUUUUCUCUGCCUCGAAAACGUCCUUCGUGUGGAAUAUCAAAGUUGCAAAUUAACCGCAAUCUCUCGAAUGAAUAUUGUGUACGUGUUAACGCAAGCGAGACGCACACAUGCCCGUAUGUUCAUGGAUAUAACAUGUUGGAAAGCUUGAGGCGGUCCGGUCGGUUCUCGAUCAUUGUGUUAAUAUGAGUUAUUGAGCGUACUCGUUGGUUUAUCAAUAUAUCCUUGUUUGUCGGCAGAAUAAAGAAUCUUAUUCAAAAAUAGAUCGCAUUUUGAAGCAAUGCGAUGGAAAUUUAAUCGAGUAUUUUAAAAGGGACUUAUUUUUUUUAUUGACUUUCGUAAAUCGAACGAGUAUGUAUUCAGGCAAUUGGAGGGACGAAUUGACGGAAUGAAAUGUGGAAAUAUAUCGCCGCGCUGGUUUUGUUAUGCGAUAAAUUCAUUUGAUGCGUGAGCCUUUGGUCGUUAGCAACUUCGAUAGCAACGCGAGAUACGCGGGGGAGCUUCGAUGAAUGCAGAAUUAGUAUUUGAUGAUUAUACCGAACUGUAGCAAUGCAAAAGGAUCGUGUAACACUUGUAAUAAUGUGUAUGUGAAGCAUUAAAUUUUACAAUUUAAAUAA